UCCCUCCUGAGGCGAUAACUUGGGCUCCUCCUUUUCGCCCCGGGAACCUUCCCCACGUCCCGCCUCCCGGACUCGGGACACACUGAAGCUCACGUAGUCGGGUGGCAGCGGCUCUCCGAUGAGGCAAGCGAGCCGGGGCGGGGGCUUCUCCGCGGCCCGAGAGGGUGCUGGCCUAUUCCUCCCACUCCGCGAUGGCAGUAGACAUUGAGUACAGAUACAACUGCAUGGCCCCCUCCUUGCGCCGAGAGCGGUUCACCUUCAAGGCCUCACCAAAGCCAAGCAAGCCACUGAGGCCUUGCAUUCAGCUGGGCAGCAAGAAUGAAACCAGUGGGAUGGUGGCCCCCGCGGUCCAGGAGAAAAAGGUGAAAAAGCGGGUGUCCUUCGCAGACAACCAAGGGCUGGCCCUGACAAUGGUCAAAGUGUUCUCAGAAUUUGAUGACCCAUUAGAUAUUCCGUUUAACAUCACCGAGCUCCUAGACAACAUUGUGAGUCUGACGACAGCAGAGAGCGAGAGCUUUGUCUUGGACUUUUCACAACCCUCCACAGAUUACUUAGACUUUAGAAAUCGACUUCAGGCCAACCAUGUCUGCCUUGAAAACUGUGUGCUAAAGGACAAAGCCAUCACAGGCACCGUGAAGGUUCAGAACCUCGCAUUUGAGAAGAUCGUGAAAAUCAGAAUGACAUUUGACACUUGGAAGAGCUUCACAGACUUUCCUUGCUGGUACGUGAAGGACACUUAUGCAGGUUCAGACAGGGACACAUUCUCCUUUGACAUUAGCUUACCUGAAAAGAUCCAGUCUUAUGAAAAGAUGGAGUUUGCUGUGUGCUAUGAGUGCAAUGGCCAGACAUACUGGGACAGCAACAAAGGCAAAAACUACCGGAUCAUCCAGGCCGAAUUAAAGUCCACUCAGGUCGAGCCACAAAAUGGACCAGAUUUUGGAAUAUCCUUUGACCAGUUUGGAAGCCCUCGGUGUUCCUAUGGUCUGUUUCCAGAGUGGCCAAGUUACUUAGGAUAUGAAAAGCUAGGACCUUAUUAUUAGUGACUGCAGUUGACAGGUUGUGGCUCUGGUCACUCUGGGUUGGAGAAGCCAAGAGAAGAGCAAAGCUGAACUGCCGUUAGGCACUGUUUGUGAAAAGAAAGGAUCCUGUUCACUUUUUUCUGAAACCAGCAAAUCCAGCCAGGUUUAGCUCACAGAACUGGUUUCUCACUCAGAGGUGACACGCUGGUCCCUUGUGACAUCUGGAGCUGCCACAAGAAUGAACAGGAUGGUGCCAUGAAGGGUGUGGAAAGGAACCAAGCCUGUGGGCAGUGCCGGCAAGCCCAGAGGAGCCUGCAUUCAGAUUCAGAUGCACAAAGUCAAUUACCUGAAUGCCGCUCAGUCCUCUGCAGCCCCCUAGGACCCCUUCAUCCAUCCACCUUUGGUGGUCUCCACUACCCAGGCCUUUCCUGCUACUCAGGCCACCUUUAACUCUGUACUGUGAUGUGACCAUUGCUGUGAUCCCUUUCUGACCCAGCUACAGGGGACAGACACAAUCAGCUCCUUUCUCUGCAAGUUUUGUUUUUGUUUUUAUUUUUGUUUUUUGCCAUUCAUUUUUUUCACAUUCGAUGUUCAGAAGAAGACAAUAAAGGCAAAUAAAUAGCCUGUGACUGAGAGAGGCAUUUCCUCUCCCUCUUCCUGAUCCCACAGGCUGCUGAUGGAAAAUCCUGUAUGGGGUCACAGAUUGCAGGGCCAUGUUGAGGCAGGGCAGUCGGCGUAGAGGACUCUUUUAGCUUUACCUCUUGCCUUUUUGGAAGUGUAUUCUAAGAACUCACCAUCACCAGAAUCACUAGAAGGCUCAAUGACAUAAUUUGUUUUCACCUCCUUGGCUGGUUCACAAGCCUCAUUCUUUAGCAAAGAAUUAUAGAUCAUUCUUCCCAGAAAGUCAUCUUGAUUCUGUGUUUAGGACAUUUGAUUUGCAGAUCCAGCAGAUUCAUGAAGCCCUCAAAACAUGUCUGGUUUUAUUUUGCCUGCAGUAUGCAGGACACUUUACAAGCACCCAGGGACAUUACUUGGGUGUUCUUAUUUAUGGUGUGCUAGUAUGUAAAAGGAUGGGGAGCUGACCCUCAUCACAUUCUCUUGUGUUUAAAUAUUUGCCAACUCUGAAAUAUCAGUGGUUAAUUGUUCUUAACCAUAUUGGACUAAAAUAGAAUACUGUUGUGAGACUCCUGUAUGGAUCCUCCAAACCUGUGAUUUUUCUUGAGCAAGAUUGGUUUUUACUUAGGGGUAUUUGAAAAAUAUUUUUACAUGUGUAUUCAUAGAAAUUUUGAUUUUUUUCUUGUUUGUUUUUGGAGUUUAGUUGAACUAUUUAAGGCUGUAUUUGCCUGAUCUUACUAAAAGUGAGGUUUUCUUAGGCAUGCGCGAGAAGGAAUGCAUCAUUGCCUGAAUUUGGAGGCACAGCUGCUGGACUUGUCAAGCAGAGUCUUGUGCUUGAAUUUUCCAGAUUAAUUCAAGAGAUCUGCUUUCUGUGGCUUUGGACAUCAGUGUCGGACAGAUAUCGAGUGCCUUGGCUCCUGGACUUUGGUAGCUGGGGAUUAUUUUUCUUUUCAUUUUCAUUUUUGAACUUUUAUUUUCAUUUUGAAUAUUUUCAGUUUUAACUGUUUAAAUGCUAAGUGGUAUUUGAUGUAAUUUUCGUUCCUAAAACUGGCUGUUACUAGUCCACAAUCUAGGGCUUUAUUUUCUGUACCUCAAGUGGGUAGCACUUUGGGAUUACAUGAUAAUGUAAUUUAUGGGGAAUUCACAUUUGUAUUUUAUGCUGAAAUUGGGCAAGACUGUUUUAUCCAAGCACCAGGUACACAGAUGAUACUUUAAAUGUUAGAUAACUAUUAAUAACAUAAAUCCAAAUCAAAUGGAGGCAAAAUUGAUCUCAUACAGGUUAUGAGUUUUAUUUGGGUUAAGAAGUGCCCCCCUUCCAGUGAAAGAAAGGAACAAGGUGUGCUGUUAUUUACAAGUUGCCAGAGUAAGGAUGUUUCUGUGUUCCAAAGAAGAGGUCCUCAAGUGACUUGAAAAUAAAGUCUUUUGGUUUUGUGUAAGAAUGAUCCUGAGACAUUCCCCUGUCAAAAUUUGAAAUAUGGUAAUUCAGUGAUAAGUAUCUCUCCUAAAGCAACCAUGAGCCCUCCCCCCUUCCUUCUCCUAACUCACCCCACCCUUUUUGCCGGGGGCACUGGUUGCAAACCCCCAGCUAACACACCUGGGGUAAGCACCCUGCCCCUCAUAUUCAGAAGGCAAGUCCUCACCUGCAUGCAGAGAUCCUGCUUACCCUUGAAAGGACCUACUUGCCUGACUUCAGUGAUGAAGACUGUCCCUUGUUGGCGAUCUAAAGACCUUGCCUUUCUGCUGUUUAUCCCUGCCCCUGACACCCCUUCUCCGUUCAGCCCAGUCUGCCUGUGAUUCUCUCAGAUGACCUCGAGAGACACAUUGAUAGACUCCUCUUCUUUGUUCCUAGUUCACUGUCUGUCUAGGCCUCCACACUUCAGAGGCUGCCAGGCUCCCUAAUUAGAGUCCUGACCGCAGCCUGACCUGUACCUUUGACUUCACAUCACUCCUGGUUAUGACGAUAAUCCCCAGUCUUCACGUCCUUUUCACUUGCCCAAAAGUCCCAACUUCCUGUCACUGUGCAGUAAUGCUGUGGUUUGAGAGUGGGGAAGCAACUCUGCUUUUGUUUCAUAUUUAUUUCCCAAAAUGUCCUGGGGCACUUUUGCAAAUUGGGUGCAAUAAAUAAGCUGAACUAUAUAAAAUAUGUAAUAAAUAAGCUUUCAAUGUUUCUUGAAAGAUGUUUCUUGGAAGUAUGAGGGUAGGCUUUUAAAAAGCUAUUCUUGUUAUAGGAGAUCUAAUGAGAAAUAAUGGCACUAUGUAAUUCUCCAGAAAUUAAGCUGAGUCGAUGAAAUUUAUCUCUAAGAUUUAAUUUUAAUGGUGAUAAAAAUGAUAUUUUUUUAAAGAUGUAAGUUUUGAACUGCUUUGUAGUGUUUGAUCUUUACAUAUCAUUUGCUUUUUAAAAACAAAUAUAACUUGUGGUCAUUUGGAUACGAAU